AGGCGGGAGCUGAGUUUACAUUCAGGGCACGGAGUGAAAACAACACUAUUAGUGUAGACACGCUAAACUACCAAAUACGCAAGCAUUAGAGGGGACAGGAUAAUGGCGUCUGUGAGUGUGGUGGGGCGGCAGCCGGGUCCGCACAGACUGGACUCGGAACAGCAAAUCCUGCUCCUCAAAUUGUCCAGCAGCAAGAAUAAAAUAACCCUGCCGAAGAAGUCUUCCUGGGAUGACAAGAUGCCCGUGAGAAGCCCAGUGACACGCGGCGGAGAGUGCGUGUUUAUCACAACUGAGGAGUCGCGAAGUCAUCUCUCGGCGCGCGGACCAACUGGAGGAACGGCAGUCGGAGGGGGGAUGAUGCCCUGUGAAGGAUGCGGGGCCCCGGCCGCCUUUGAUGCGCCACGUAGCCCGAACCAGGACGGAAAGGAGAGCAGCGACGGGGUCACCACCGGGACACGAGAAAGCCAAAUCGGGCGCAUCACAACCGGCAGCAUCAUCAGCUCUGACUCAAACCGUAACACAGGCGGUCGGAGGGGGGGCUCGCUAAAGGAGUCUCGGGUCGAUACAAGCGGACCGGCUGUGAACAAACAUAAAAGAUCGUACCGGCACCGGGACACGCAAAGACGAAACUCUCGUAAUGGAGACAGCGUCCAUCAGAGCAUCUCCCCCGCGAUUUCACUUCCAGGAGAGACCGGUGGUCUGCCGCUGGAGCGGCUUACGCAGGGCAGGACUGGAGUCGUGAAGCUGGCCCGCACCGAACCUCACCGCAGGGAGGCCUGGUCCAUCUUUACCCAGGAGAUGGACCCCCGGGUGAGGACCGAGAGGGGCGAAGGACACUGUUUUGAGACCAGGCCUAUGAAGCAGGACUGGUGUGAUGCGUGUAGCCGACAGAUCACCGCGCAGGUCCUCAAAUGUAAAAACUGCAACUACACCUGUCACCUGGAGUGUGAGAGUCGUGUCCAGCUUGACUGCAACCAGAGAGAUAGACAGUCAGAAGAAACCCCAUCUCCCAGAAGUCACUGCUCCCCCACAGCUCCUCUGCACAAACAUAGUAAGACAAAGGAGGAAGAGGAGGGAGGAACUAAAAACCUGUCAGAGGAAGAAGUGCGGACCAGGAUUGAGGAGUACAACGCUCAGGUCUCUGAAAAUGGAAUGAAACUGGCUGCAGACGGAUCUUACACAGGUUUCAUCAAGGUCCAUCUGCGGCUCAGUCGACCAGUAACAGUCCCUGCUGUGGAUGAGCCAGGCUCAGAGGGGGUGUCCAGACUAACGGGCAGUCGCAGCCGCACGGCGUCAGAAGAGGACGAAGCAGACUGUGGGCGUAUCGAAAAGAGAACCUCCUUCUACUUACCAUGCGACUCUGUGAAGCAGCUGCAUAUCAGCUCUCUAACCACCACCCAAGAAGUCAUUCAGGGCUUGCUGAAAAAGUUCAUGGUGUUGGACAACCCUCGCAAGUUUGCGUUGUACAGGCAGACGCACCGCGAUGGGCAGGAUUUGUUCCAGAAGCUCCCUCUGUCUGACCGCCCUCUUCUCCUAAGGUUGGUUGCAGGACCCGACCGAGAGCAGCUCACCUUUGUUCUUAAAGAAAAUGAGACCGGAGAGGUUGAGUGGCAUGCAUUCUCAGUCCCCGAGCUUCAAAACUUCCUCGCCAUCCUGGGGAAAGAGGAGGCAGAACGCGUACAAGCAGUGCAACGAAAAUACGAUAUUUAUCGACAGAAACUACAGCAGGCCCUCCAAAAACAUGACCCCUGACCCUCUCACCUGUUACCUUAUGUGUUCAACCCAGGGAGAGACUGACCCUUUGAACACUGACCAGUCCCCCUCAAGACCCUGUGAUUUAUUCAGAGGGUGGAGCCCAAGCUGAACUUUGAGUCUUUGAGCUCCACACACACACAAACAUGCAGACACAGACAAGUCACACACAGAUGCUUAUCUUUUCUCAGGACUUAAACAGCUCCCCUUGUACCUAAUGUACAUCUGCUCCCUGAGGAGAAGACAUGGACCAGUUGUGUUUUCAUUGCCAAGGAUACACACAGGAAGUUGUGGACUGCAACUCCAACUUGAGAUCUCAUUUGGGACUGAUAGGAAUCAGUGGUGUUUUUAAAGGUUCCCUCCUCUUCUGCUACUUCUGCUGCUGCUGCUGCUACUGCAAGUGUUACUUAUGCAUGAGUCUGUCUCAGCUCAUCUGCCCUGCACAUAGAGUUAGGAUUAAAGGAGAAGGCAUGAUUAAUUUUCUGAAUCUAAGUGGACUGGAAGGACAAUCAUGUGGUGUGUUUUUUUUUCUUUGAGGAUUUUUAAGAGAAGUAUAUUGGGUCAAGAAGCAGAAGGCUGAGUUUCCUUUCAUAGAAAAAGAAGGGGUGGAGGCAAAAGAAAAAAGAGAUCCAUUCUCUGAUUCUUCUCAGGGAGCAUGUGUUACGCAAAGAUAAAACCCAAAGGAGGAACGAUGGCCCCUCCACCUUCCACCAACCUAUUCUAACACAUGCUUAUCUGUAUUUUUUGCCUAUCUUAAUGCGAAGUGAAAUGGCCUGACAAGAUCAAGAUGCUGUCAGAAAGAUCUUUAUUCACACCCAGUUUGCAAUUUUUCCUCUCCCUUCUUCUCUAAUAUACUCAAUCCUAACAUGUCCAUGGAUGAUAACUGUGACAUUAUUCCUCUUUUUCUGCCUCAAAUCUCAAUCUGACUGUUUGCAUGAACUCCAGCUGCAAGUAAAGCUGAGAAAGGCAGCCUACAUACCUUUCCUGAUACAUUUCAAACCAGUUACUGUAUUUGGGUUGUAUUUGAAUGUGAGAGGACCUUUAACACCAAAGCUGAGAGGGGUAACUCUACUGCAAGGAUUAGAAUAGACUCACAUUAGAGGCAUUUGGAAGUUUGUUCGAUGAAAGGUGGUGUAUGUAAAAAUCAAACCAGCUUCUGUUUUGCACAUAUAGAUGCAGGUCACUGUGUGCACCCCCCAAAAUACAAUCUUGGGCUUAGCAUGCAUUUAUGUUUUCUUUUAUCCUCCCGCCUCCCUCCCCUGUAAAAGAAAAGAAACAGAAAUAUAUAAAAUUCAUGAUAAUGGCUAUGAUGUACCAAUGAUGUGUUUGCAAUGCAUAUGUAUUAUGUAGACACUGGAAAAAAGAGUGACAAGGUUUAACUUUGUUGUUAUUAUGAAUAUUAAUAUUUUUUGUAUCAUUCCUACUGAUUGGUGUGUGUGUGUGUGUGUGUGUGUGUGUGUGUGUGUGUGUGUGUGUGUGUGUGUGUGUGUGUGUGUGUGCGUGUGUGUUUGUGUGAGAGAGAGAGAGAGAUCAUCCAGGGCAGUGACGAUAGCAUGAGUAGUUCAAAUGAGUGUAUGUGAGUAUGUCUACCAUCUCCCUCUUAUUGGGCCUCACUUAUUAUGUAUUAAUGCGUGCAUUUAGUGCACUGAUACACUGUUAUGUUACAUUUCAAGUGUGAAUUAGGUUGUGGUUAGAUUUGGAGAAAAGAAAAAAAAUGCGUGCAUGUGUAUCAUGAAGUGAAAGUAUUUAACCAAAACCUUUGCAGACGUUGUUUCUCCAUUUAUAUAAUCAAAAUACUGAUAGAUGAGGCCUGCUGUCCACAAGUACACACUUCUCUGUAAACCCAAACCUGUGUUUUUAUCACCACAACCACCCAAAGCCCAAGCUGUUCCUGCUGGCAGUGCCUUUUGUUUCAUGUGCCCUAGUGUAUCUACGUACGGUGUGUUUCAGCACACACAGGUGCCUGAGUACAUGUAUGGGUGCUUUUGCAUGUGUGCAAAUCUAUGUUUCUUGGGUGGUGCUGUAUGUAUGUGUGCCCUCCUCUCAUUAAGCUCGUCUGUUACCAACAAAUCAUCUAUGCGAGUGUGCAUGUAUGUGUGUGUGUGUUAUUUAUUUCACUGUUCACAACCAUUCACACGAUGAGGAUGUUGAGAAUUUUUGUUUCCAGUUUAUUUUGUUUUAUUUGAAAAAGUGUGUAUACAUAUGAGUAGAUCUGUACAGAAUAUUAAAAUGAAAUAAAAAUGGUAAUCCCUU